AGAAUAGCAGGUUUAUCAUCUUCGAAACUGCAUGAUUUGACGUGGUGUAUGCCCGUUGUCGUUCCUCUAGCCUUUCCGACAUUAAAUUGCUUGGAGACUGCAUCUCCAAUAUAAAGCAUCAUGGCAAUUAGACCAGUUUACAGGCCGAAGAUCGUCAAGAAGAGGACGAAGAAAUUCAUCAGACAUCAAAGUGAUCGUUAUGACAAACUCAAGCGCAACUGGCGAAAACCUAAAGGUAUUGACAACAGAGUCAGAAGGCGUUUCAAGGGUCAGUUCUUGAUGCCAAACAUUGGUUAUGGAAGUAACCAGAAGACGCGCCACAUGUUGCCCACCGGCUUCCGAAAAGUGCUGGUGCACAAUGUGAAAGAACUUGAAGUUCUAAUGAUGCAGAACCGCAAAUUCUGUGCAGAGAUCGCUCAUGCCGUGAGCAGCAAAAAGCGUAAAGCUAUCGUCGAACGAGCCCAACAACUGUCUAUUCGUGUAACAAACGCGAAUGCUCGUCUUCGUUCUGAAGAAAACGAAUAAUCUUUGGAAACGUUUGUAAUAUAAAUAAAAAAAAAAGUAAAACAA